CACUCUCAGUUCAUGAAUUUGAGAUCAAAGAUUUCCUUUCCUUUCAUACAAACACUCACUCAGACUCAGCAAUGGCUAGCCUCGCAAGCACAAUGUUCAGUGCCGCUGUGGUACCCCGCAAGCCGGCAUUCAGCAGCACCAGCCUCCGUUCCCUCCCAAACCUGAAUCAGGCGGCUCUGUUCGGGCUGAAGUCGAGCAGGGGAGGAGGAGCGACGUGCAUGGCAACGUACAAGGUGAAGCUGUUGACUCCGGAUGGAGAGGUGGAGUUCGACUGCGACGAUGACGUGUACAUCGUGGACCAGGCCGAGGAUAAGGGCAUUGAUCUGCCCUACUCGUGCCGUGCGGGCUCCUGCUCCUCCUGCGCGGGGAAGGUCGUCAGCGGGACCGUCGACCAGUCCGACGGCAGCUUCCUCGACGACGAUCAGAUGGAUGAAGGAUGGGUGCUCACCUGCGUCGCCUACCCCACCUCCAACGUCGUCAUCCAGACUCACAAGGAAGCGGAUAUUGCUUAAUUCAUUUUAUCACUCUAGCCUUUGCUGCCGUCUCACCGAAUUCAGGAUUUCAUAAUAAGUAACAUACAAUUUGUUUUCUUCUAUA